AUGGCGUCCAACAUCUACUUAGUCCGCCAGCGCAUCAGCCGGCUCGGCCAGAGGAUGUCCUCCUUCCAGCUCAACCUCAGCCCGCUCAAGGAGCCGCUGGGCUUCAUCAAGGUUCUCGAGUGGGUUGCUUCUAUCUUUUCUUUUGCCACAUGUGGAGGUUUUAAGGGAAAAACAAGUAUUCUAGUUUCUUGUGCUAAAGAAAACCAAACGGUUUCAGCAGCUUUUGCUUAUCCAUUCAGGUUGAAUCAGGCAUCAUUUCAGUCAUCUACACAACAUAAUGUGUGUGACAUAGACUGGAGUAAAUAUGUCCUUAUUGGAGAUUAUGCGUCUUCUGCACAGUUCUAUGUUACAUUUGCAGUCUUUGUCUUCCUGUACUGCAUUGCUGCUCUUCUGCUUUAUCUCGGUUACACAAACUUGUAUCGGGAUAAUCGAAAACUUCCCAUGAUUGACUUUAUCAUUACUCUUGUGGCAACUUUUUUGUGGCUGGUGAGCACGUCAGCCUGGGCUAAAGCUCUUACAGAUAUUAAAAUUGCUACUGGCCACAAUAUAGUCGGGGAGCUUGACCAAUGUGUUGGUCAUAACGUGAAGUGUAAUUUUGACUCUGUGACUAGUAUGGGAUCCCUAAAUGUAUCUGUGAUCUGUGGCUUUCUGAAUUUGAUACUUUGGGGAGGAAAUGCAUGGUUUGUGUACAAGGAGACCAACUUACACAGUCCAUCAGAUGCAACUGCUUCCCAAAGCCAAGGAGGUGGCCCACCUCCCACCGGAGUCUAAUGCAAGGGAGAAAUACACUGGAUGAAAAAUAUGUCUAUACUAUUGACCUGUUGCCAACAUCUUGAAAACCAUUAUUUGUUUCUAAUAAAGUAAUGGCUUUUUCAAUAAAUUGGUGGGUUAAAAUUUUGCUGCUUUUUUAAAUAAAGCCUGUGCCUUUCCUAAAAAUUAAAGAUGUAAAUGUAUUCUCACGUGUAAAAUUCAGGGUCUGUUAUGAGGUGAUACACAAUUUUAAAUGAAUGGUAAUUUCUUCACUGAGUUGUUUGCCUUCUAAAGUGUUUACACCCUAAGCCUUAACAUGUACCUUCGCUCAGAACAGAAUUAUAUUGUCAUAUCGUAAUAGGAAGAAAAUCGCUAUUUGGUAUAUACACUACUGUAAGUUUGUAUAGAUCAUAUACUUAAAACUUAUCUUUGUUUUAAAAAGCCUUAAUUACAGAAGUCAUAUUUAGGGGGGAAAAAAGCUUAAUUCGGAACUUAUAUCUGACCAUUGUUUAUGUUACAAUUUUUUUUUUCAAUUGCAAACACUGGGUGUAUGUUUUAUUGCUGUUUUUCUAAAUGACCUACAGUACCGAUGGUGUAGUAAAAUUGUUUGGGGAGCGGAGUUUGGAAAUUUCUAAUAGAUGUACAGUUGAUUUAGUACUUCUGUUGCAUGAGAUUCCAUUAUGUUGGUUUUGCUGCAUAAAUAGAACAUGUUCCAAGUAGAUCUUUUGAUAUGUAUGGGCAUUACUCUUAAUGAUGUUUGCUAUACUGUGUUGUUCUUGCUACAUAAAUGCAGGCUGAAAUCUGGUCUUGCAGAUAGAGUACAAUGAUCCGACUUUUUUUGUUUUUAGAUCCUGUUGGUAGGGUUAAAAAAAAAAUACAGGCUUGUUCUUUCCAGCUUGUGUUCUACCUUGAGCACCUCUUGUUUCCACUCUGGAGAAGCCCAUGUUUGCUCUUGCACGCAGAUGUAUUCCUCUUUCUCUCCCCUCACAUCUUUCUAAUUCAUUCAAUAAAAACUACCUUCUUGCUUCACUAAAAAAAAGAGAGAGAAGAAAGAAAUUAUGAUUGCCUUAUACUUUUGAACAUAAAUCAGCAUUUAAAUUCAAUGACGUUGCUAUUUUUAGUUAGCAUUGAUAUUGUGAAAAUGAGAUUCAAAUUUUGUUUCUUAAUGUUCAUUCUUACUUUACUAAAGGAUAAUUAAGGAAUUAUGCAUUGUUAAGGGGAACGUCAGUGAGCUAUUUGGGGUGCACUGUAUUUGCACACACAUUUGGAUUUAUUCUGAAUUGUAGGCUUAUUCACUUGCUUUUUUUGUUGUACAGGGCAAGAUUUCCUGUUCUUAAGACAUGGUUGUUUAUAUGUGAAGCGUCUCUUGUUAUUGCCUCAUUUUUGUUGCUUUUGUUAAUGACAAGAAUUGUCAGUAUGAAAAUGUGUAUCUUUUAUGCAACAACUUAAUAAAAAAGUUUAAAAAGUG